CGGUACUUAUUUUCAGUUAUUCGAAAUUUCGAUUAAUCGAAUUAAGGUCUUAUAACGCGUGGAGAUUCGAAUAACUCGGAUUUGGAUUUAUCAACAGAAAUAAAUGAGUUUUAAUAAAGGAAGAUCAAUUAGUGGGUCAUUGAGUAUCCAAGGUGCUUAUCAACAACACCACCACUCUGCUAACAAAAGCAGCGUCAAUGCUGUUGUUAGUUUUGAUGUAGAACGAGUCACGAUUAAAGAUCUUGGCGUUGGGGUUGAAAAAAGGAAACUUGUUGGGUUAGUUAUUGCAAAGUAUGAAACUCGUUCAUUUCCUGAUAAAAAACAACAUGGGCAACUCAAGUAUCAGCUGUCCUUUGUGCUGAGAGAUUCUGCUGAAUAUUUUAUCAAUGUGACAUGCUGGGGUCAUGAAGUUUUUAUUAAAGGUCUUUCUGAAACGUUCAAAAUUGGUGACAUAGUGGAAAUGUGUAAUUUUAUGGUGCAGACAAAGACUACUACAGAAACAGAUAUUAAAUAUCGUCCAUCUUCAUCAAGUAUGUAUCAGAUAACAGUUAAUGAAACACAUUCUACAGUUAGUCAGUUUAGUGGUGAUGACAGUGAGUUUAGAUUUAUAUAUUCUUUACCAAUUGUGGACGCGCAAGACUACUAUGCAUUAGUUGAUAUUGCAUCUUAUUCUAAAAAUUUGAAUGGGUUAAAUGUAAAUCUCAUGGCUGCAAUAAAAGAUGUAGGUGUUGUAAAAGACAUAGUUACUAAAACAGGUCGUCGUAUGAAGAGACGAGAGUUAAAACUGUUUGAUGAGACAUGUGUUUCAUUUCCUUUAAUAAUAUGGGAUAGUGAAUUAUCUGAAUUUGCAGAUUCGUGGCAAUGCAAAGAAACAAUUUUGUUUCUCAGAGAUGUAAAAGUAUCUUUUGAAGAUUUUCGACAACAAAUGGUUGCUACAUGCACUUCUAAGACAAUUAUUAUAGUUAAUCCUGAUACUGCAGAAGCCCAACAUCUUUAUUCUUAUGCAAGUAGCAUUCAAAUGGAUGAAACCUUUGAUGAUGUAAAUGAUGAAGAAAUUAAGUUGAUGAAUAUAGUUGAUGUCUACAACAUAAAUGAUCUUCAAAUGAAAUUGGAUAGCCAAGAAAGUAAUGGUUGGCAAGGAAUUAUUUUUGCUGUUGUCAGUAGCUUUGAUAUCGAUGAAGAUGCUUCAAAAUGUGUUGUUACUAGAUGUUCUUCAUGCAAUAGACGCCUUCCUCGCUAUGCAUCUCAUUGUCUGUCUGAAAAUUGCAGUGAUCCGUUUCAAUAUACAGUUUCCUUUGAGAUUCCACUUUCUCUAAGUGACCACACCAAUGGUCAGAGUGGUUUUAUGCUUAUGAGAAAUGUCGCUGAAAAAGUUCUUCAGAUGGACGUAAUUUCAUUUAACCAACUUACUCCAACGCAAAGGACAGAAUUAAAAUGGAAAUUUUUAAUGGAAAGAUUUAAAGUUUAUUUUAAGGUAAAUCCGACAAAACGUGAAUCAUCAAAAACUUUUAUAUCAGUUCUUGGAAUGGAGGCCAUAAAUUCUAUUGAUUUUAUAAAAAAUUCACAAUGACUUUUCAUAUUAUCGUUUUGUUAUAGUAUAUUAUCAAUAUCAAUAUUAUAAGAUGUGUGAGUCAAUAAGAGGUGUGUGUACUAUACAGUAUGAUAUAAAUACACAUCAGCGUAACAAUAAGUAGAGAUUGAUAAAUGACGGUUCCAUUUAUUGCAGUACUUUGUAGCACUAAAUUAAUCAUGCAGGUUCAUAAGUUUGUUUUCAUUGUUUAUAAGUUUUUUACUUAUGCGAUUAUAUUCAGACCAUUUCUUCGCCUCAGACCAUCCUCUGGAAUGCUGUUUGUAAAUUUUGUUUGUUUACGAAAGUAUUUUUAUAUUGUUUGACAGGCAAUUAUGCAGAUUUAAUAGUUACAUCUAACUGCUUAUUUGAUAGGUUACUUAAACAAUUUUAUAAAGGUUUUGCAUCAUAUAUGUAUGCAAAUAAUAUAACCUUAUAUAUGUAAUCAAAUUACUGUGUUAUAAAAAUAUUGCGUUGUUUAA